AUGUCACACAUUCAUACAAACGACAGAAAGGGCUGGAACACAGAGGUCACACAUUCAUACAAACGACAGAAGGGCUGGAACACAGAGGUCACACAUUCAUACAAACGACAGAAGGGCUGGAACACAGAGGUCACACAUUCAUACAAACGACAGAAGGGCUGGAACACAGAGGUCACACAUUCAUACAAACGACAGAAGGGCUGGAACACAGAGAGGCUCACACAUUCAUACAAACGACAGAAGGGCUGGAACACAGACGUCACACAUUCAUACAAACGACAGAAGGGCUGGAACACAGAGGUCACACAUUCAUACAAACGACAGAAGGGCUGGAACACAGAGGUCACACAUUCAUACAAACGACAGAAGGGCUGGAACACAGAGGUCACACAUUCAUACAAACGACAGAAGGGCUGGAACACAGACGUCACACAUUCAUACAAACGACAGAAGGGCUGGAACACAGAAGUCACACAUUCAUACAAACGACAGAAGGGCUGGAACACAGAGGUCACACAUUCAUACAAACGACAGAAGGGCUGGAACACAGAGGUCACACAUUCAUACAAACGACAGAAGGGCUGGAACACAGACGUCACACAUUCAUACAAACGACAGAAGGGCUGGAACACAGAGGUCACACAUUCAUUCAAACGACAGAAGGGCUGGAACACAGAAGUCACACAUUCAUACAAACGACAGAAGGGCUGGAACACAGAGGUCACACAUUCAUACAAACGACAGAAGGGCUGGAACACAGAAGUCACACAUUCAUACAAACGACAGAAGGGCUGGAACACAGAGGUCACACAUUCAUACAAACGACAGAAGGGCUGGAACACAGAGGUCACACAUUCAUACAAACGACAGAAGGGCUGGAACACAGAAGUCACACAUUCAUACAAACGACAGAAGGGCUGGAACACAGAGGUCACACAUUCAUACAAACGACAGAAGGGCUGGAACACAGAGGUCACACAUUCAUACAAACGACAGAAGGGCUGGAACACAGACGUCACACAUUCAUACAAACGACAGAAGGGCUGGAACACAGAGGUCACACAUUCAUUCAAACGACAGAAGGGCUGGAACACAGAAGUCACACAUUCAUACAAACGACAGAAGGGCUGGAACACAGAGAAGGGCUGGAACACAGACGUCACACAUUCAUACAAACGACAGAAGGGCUGGAACACAGACGUCACACAUUCAUACAAACGACAGAAGGGCUGGAACACAGACGUCACACAUUCAUACAAACGACAGAAGGGCUGGAACACAGAGGUCACACAUUCAUACAAACGACAGAAGGGCUGGAACACAGAGGUCACACAUUCAUACAAACGACAGAAGGGCUGGAACACAGAGGUCACACAUUCAUACAAACGACAGAAGGGCUGGAACACAGACGUCACACAUUCAUACAAACGACAGAAGGGCUGGAACACAGAGGUCACACAUUCAUACAAACGACAGAAGGGCUGGAACACAGACGUCACACAUUCAUACAAACGACAGAAGGGCUGGAACACAGACGUCACACAUUCAUACAAACGACAGAAGGGCUGGAACACAGAGGUCACACAUUCAUUCAAACGACAGAAGGGCUGGAACACAGAAGUCACACAUUCAUACAAACGACAGAAGGGCUGGAACACAGAGGUCACACAUUCAUACAAACGACAGAAGGGCUGGAACACAGAAGUCACACAUUCAUACAAACGACAGAAGGGCUGGAACACAGAGGUCACACAUUCAUACAAACGACAGAAGGGCUGGAACACAGAGGUCACACAUUCAUACAAACGACAGAAGGGCUGGAACACAGAAGUCACACAUUCAUACAAACGACAGAAGGGCUGGAACACAGACGUCACACAUUCAUACAAACGACAGAAGGGCUGGAACACAGAGGUCACACAUUCAUACAAACGACAGAAGGGCUGGAACACAGACGUCACACAUUCAUACAAACGACAGAAGGGCUGGAACACAGAGGUCACACAUUCAUUCAAACGACAGAAGGGCUGGAACACAGAAGUCACACAUUCAUACAAACGACAGAAGGGCUGGAACACAGAGGUCACACAUUCAUACAAACGACAGAAGGGCUGGAACACAGACGUCACACAUUCAUACAAACGACAGAAGGGCUGGAACACAGAAGUCACACAUUCAUACAAACGACAGAAGGGCUGGAACACAGAGGUCACACAUUCAUACAAACGACAGAAGGGCUGGAACACAGACGUCACACAUUCAUACAAACGACAGAAGGGCUGGAACACAGACGUCACACAUUCAUACAAACGACAGAAGGGCUGGAACACAGAGGUCACACAUUCAUACAAACGACAGAAGGGCUGGAACACAGACGUCACACAUUCAUACAAACGACAGAAGGGCUGGAACACAGACGUCACACAUUCAUACAAACGACAGAAGGGCUGGAACACAGACGUCACACAUUCAUACAAACGACAGAAGGGCUGGAACACAGACGUCACACAUUCAUACAAACGACAGAAGGGCUGGAACACAGAGGUCACACAUUCAUACAAACGACAGAAGGGCUGGAACACAGAGGUCACACAUUCAUACAAACGACAGAAGGGCUGGAACACAGAGGUCACACAUUCAUACAAACGACAGAAGGGCUGGAACACAGAGGUCACACAUUCAUACAAACGACAGAAGGGCUGGAACACAGACGUCACACAUUCAUACAAACGACAGAAGGGCUGGAACACAGAGGUCACACAUUCAUACAAACGACAGAAGGGCUGGAACACAGACGUCACACAUUCAUACAAACGACAGAAGGGCUGGAACACAGAGGUCACACAUUCAUACAAACGACAGAAGGGCUGGAACACAGAGGUCACACAUUCAUACAAACGACAGAAGGGCUGGAACACAGACGUCACACAUUCAUACAAACGACAGAAGGGCUGGAACACAGAGGUCACACAUUCAUACAAACGACAGAAGGGCUGGAACACAGAGGUCACACAUUCAUACAAACGAUAA